GCGACAAGUAAGGAUGAACCAACAUGGCAGCGGAGCGAGCGCCGUGGAAAAAAGCAACAAGAGGGAUGACGUCAGGAGAGACGACGUCAUGAAGGACCUUGACGUCAUCACUCGUGACGUACCCUCUGCCCUGAUGCCCGUCGUGGGGGGUCUCACCUCACGGCGCAAGCGCGUGCCCUACUGGUAUACGUACGACACUCGAGGGUCGGAGAUUUAUGAGGAGGUGGCGACAACAUCUAAGACGUAUUUAAACUGGCAUAAGGAGCACAGCGUGCUCCAGAGUCAUAGCGACGACAUUGCAGCCGAAACGACGUCCCCUGUCAUCUUGGUGGAGCUCGGCAGCGGCGCUUCCUCCAAAACCCGCUUGAUCCUAGAGGCGAUGCUGAAGCGUCACGGAACCCUGACGUUUGUGCCAGUGGAUGUGUCCAAAGAACACAUCGAGGAGGUCGGUCAGCAGCUGGAGCGAGAUUACGAAGGAUUGACUGUGGAACCGUUCGGAGGUCUCUACAUGGAAGGGAUCCGCCAUCUUUCCACCCGCAAGGAGCCGAAGAUGCUGCUGUUCCUGGGUGGCAGUUUCGGCAACGUCUGCAUCCACGAGCAGGUGGACAUGAUGAAAGAGGUCCGGGCACAGUUAACGGCCAAGGACCGUUUCGUACUCGGGCUUGACAUGAACAUGGAUCGGGAGUCUCUACUGGAGGCCUAUGGUCAACAAUGGGCCAACAAUGUGCUCAACAAUCCCAUCGAUCGCCUGAAUAAGGACUUCGAUGGUGACAUGGAUGCGGCGAAGUUUGAACUCGUCACCGAAUUUAUUGAGAACCCUGCAGACGGAGAUACUCCGAGCUACGUUAUGGGGUAUUGGAGGAGCUUAUCUGAACAUCGCGUGUACUUUCGCAAACUUGGCCUCAACCUCGACUUCCAGAGGGGAGAGAAGUUUUUCUUCACGGACGGGCCGAACUGGAGCUGCAAGUGGAGCCUGCACCAGAUACGCCGCCUGGCGGAGAAGAGCGGAUUUGCACUGGAGGACUACUGGACCAACGAUGCAGCAGAUUAUGGCGUGUUUUGCUUCGCGCCUGCGCCGUAGAGCAGCUAAAGCUUUCUGUCCAAGCAGAGGUUAGGCUCCGGCUGUUUUUUAAAGUUUUUCCAGUCAUUUUCUUCGGCAUUCUAUCUCGUCAUUUUUCUUAAAGUAGGCCAGCCAAACUUAGUUUUUGACAAUACCAGAUACAACACAAACUAAAUAGAAAAUAAAACAACUAUAGCUAAUAACGACUACAAAACGUUAAAUAACAGCCGAAGCCUAAUCUCUGCUUGGAGCGUAGCUAUAGCUACCCAAGUAACAAUGUGAUAUUUGCCUGCGCGAAAACGGAUGGUACUGUAGUCAGUUGGUGUGUUUGUUUGCUUGUUUUUGUGUGCAUCCGCACUUACGUGUUUAAUAAUUGCAGGGUGUCAAGAUGUAAGGAAGAAGUGGUGUAACAGGAUACCUGGAGAAUUGGGUGUAUUAUUUGUUUCGUGUCCGAUGAUGGCUUAGUUGUGAGAUAGGAGCUGCUUACGCGUAAAGUAAAGCAUCUUCAAUUUUACACGUGUGCUAAAAGACGGCAAUAGAGCGCGAUUGCGGAUCAUUCUCAAGGAACCGCAAUGGUGCGCAGUUAACCCUAUUCAGACCGGGGGGGGGGUGGCUUUGGGGGCCCGCGCCAACAUUCAUGUCGCAUAACAGCAGAACGGCUGACGCUAGAGCAACCUAAUAUAUGACGACGUUUCACAGAAUUUAGUUAGCAACAAUUUGGCAGCGUUUGUUG